GAAAUGCGAUUACACCAUCGCUGUAAUACACGGACUCAGUCUUGUGCCCGAAUGUCUUGCAUGUGCGAAGCAGUCUGUCUUUCGGGAAUUAAGAUAUUCUGAAUAGUACUUUGGGAUUUUAACGGGAUCACAGUGGGCUCAUCUCCGCUACGGAAUGGACAUAUGUUGUAGUAGCUCUGUGUGUGAAGAUAACGGUACUGGAAGUAUGACCCUGCGAUAACGGCAGCCAGAGGCUACGGACAGCGAGCUGGGCUUGGUUAGAGGUUGGUUACAGGACUUUAUGGUGUGGGCUAAUGGCGCAGGUGAAUGAAGCCUCUUGAAAUAAAGUUACACGUUCGAUUGACUGGCACAAGCAACACUUCUGCUCUGCUUUGCAUUUGUGGAUACUAUCAUGGACUUUCGCUUGACAUUUGCCCCUGUAGGCAAAUUGAGGUAACCGUAUAGUUUCCUCCAACAGAACCUGUGACCUUUCUCCGUUUUUGAAUGCCUUGUUUUACACCUUUUACGUGGAUUAGCUGAUGGACACGAGCCAAUGUCACUGCGCAACAAUGUUUCCGUCUAGAGCUCUGGUAACAUUGGUGCUACUCGAGACUGUUACAUUUCGCGGUACUCAAUCAAAUACGUUACCUAGUAACCGUUUAGGAUUGCCGCACGAUGCCGAUUUGCAGGAAUAUCUGCUGGCGGAAAGUCAUAUGAAUUCAAAUAAGACAGAAAUGGAGAAGCCACAAGAGAAGCUGUCUCUUUUGAACGCAACAACAGUAUCGUCCCACUCCUCACUUACAAGUCCAGAGCACCACCAUGGUAGUAGGCACGGCAAGCCACUGGAGAGGACCAGGCCCUUUGUGGUAGUGGACGGACACAAUAGAAGUCUGAGUGAGGCCUUGCAGAACGGUCACCCAGACAAGCUACAGUGUGGUCUUCAAUUUGGAGGCAGCAUCUAUCUUUUGGACCUGGAGAAAAACCAUGCUCUCCUGCCCAAGCCCCCCAAUGUCUUCUACUACCUCCCUAAUGGCACUGGGGUUUCUUUAGAGGAGAGCACAGUGACUCACUGCUACUACCACGGCUCAGUGAGGGGCUUCCCACAGUCCAGGGUGGCUCUCAGUACCUGCUCUGGACUCAGGGGUGUGGUGGCUAUCAACUCCACCCUGAGCUUUGAGCUGCAGCCUGAGGAAGACCAUGAGGAGGGGGCAGAGGAGAGUGGAGGGGAGGAGGAGGGGAUGCACCUGCUCUACUCCACCAGACCUCUGGAGAGGGGUAGUGUUGGGGGCUGUGGGGUGUCCCAUAUACCUGUACCCCCCAUCCACAUCCCACCACAAGUCCCACACAGGAGUAAGAGGGACAUUCUCUCAGAGACCAAGUACAUAGAGCUUGUGCUUGUAGCUGAUCACGAAGAGUACCUUAACUACCAGAAAAUCAACAAGACUAUCAUCUAUCGAAUGCUGGAUGUGGCCAACCAAGUAGACUGGUUCUACCGGCCGCUGAGUGUGCGUGUGGCUCUAACUGGGCUGGAGAUCUGGAGUGACCAGGAUAAGAUCCAGGUUGACAAGAGUCCCUCAGACACCCUCAACCGCUUCCUGGAGUGGCGCACCAGAGAGCUGCUGCCCCGCCUGCGCCACGACAAUGCUCAGCUCAUUAUGGGGGAGUCAUUUGAUGGAACUACAGUGGGAAUGGCAUCUCAGUCUUCCAUGUGCUCCAAGGACCGGUCAGGAGGGGUCAAUGUGGAUCACCUGGUCAGUGUACUGGGGGUGGCGUCCACCAUUGCCCAUGAGCUCGGGCACAAUUUGGGCAUGAAUCAUGACACGGCCGACCGGCGCUGCCAGUGUCAGAACGAGCCACGCCUGGGAGGCUGCAUCAUGGAGCCAUCUACUGGGUUCAUGCCAGGCCAGCUGUUCAGCAGCUGCAGUGCCAGAGACCUGUCCCUCAGCCUGCUCCACGGUGGGGGGAUGUGCCUCUUCAACGUGCCCCAGCCUGAGAAACUGCUGGGGGGGCCACGCUGUGGAAACCUCUACGUGGAGAAGGGAGAGGAGUGUGACUGCGGCCUGCUGGAUGAGUGUAACGAUCCUUGUUGCAACGCCACCACCUGUAAACUGGUUCCUGGGGCCCAGUGUUCCUCUGAUGGCAUCUGUUGUGACAACUGCAAGCUGCGUACAGGUGGAUGGAUGUGUCGGCAGCCCCUGGGGGAGUGUGACCUCCCAGAGCACUGCACCGGUGCCUCUCCCUACUGCCCCCCAAACGUGUUCCUGCAGAACGGCGAGCCCUGCGAGGAAGGCUCCUCCUACUGCUACAGCGGUGUCUGCGCCAGCUUCAACACACAGUGCCAGAUGUUGUGGGGACCUAAUUCCACAAGGGCUCCGUCUGUCUGCUUUUCCUCCGUCAACAAACAGGGCAACAAAUACGGCAACUGUGGCCAGAUGCCAAACGGAACCUACAUCCCCUGCCCUAGCAAAGAUGUGCAUUGUGGGAGGCUCCAGUGCCAGGGAGGCAACGACCGUCCGUUGCUAGGCACCAGCGCUGAGAUCCUGACCACCAAAGUAAAAUUUAACUACAGCGACUUUGUCUGCCGGGGAACCUACUUCCACCUUGGCGACGACGUCUCCGACCCUGCCAUGGUGGCACAGGGCACCGCGUGUGGUUUUGGCAAGGCCUGUUGGAACCAGCGGUGUCAGGAUGUGUCUUUGUUCGGCGUCGACGAUUGUCAGAGCAAAUGCAACGGACACGGGGUGUGCAACAGCAAUAAGAACUGCCACUGUGACGUGGGUUGGGCUCCUCCAGACUGUAGGUCCACGGGCCAUGGAGGCAGUGUGGACAGUGGCCCUGCAAGAGCACCUAGAGGAUCCGACCCGGCACGUGUGGCCUUGCUGGUCAUCUUCCUCUUCGUCCUGCCAGUGGUUCUCCUCUUCCUCGCCCUGCGUUUCCCCCGGUGUCACCGCAACCUGCCCUGUCUGGGCACUACCAGCCUAUUCCACAAGGGCACCGGACGCCAACAGAGCCGGACCCCGGCCACAGAGCGUGUGGAUGCUCGUAACGGGGAGCAGGUCCAACCACUGAGGUACCACUGGAGCCGCCAGAGUGACAUCCAAAUGACCCCGUCUCCGCCUUCUAACAAGAUUCAGAACAGACCUGCUCCACCUACUAAGCCACUCCCUCCUGACCCUGUCUUAAAACAAGCCCAGCCAUCGUUGAGUCGGCCGGCUCCUCCCACCAGGCCUCUACCCCCUGACCCUGUGCUAACAGGCAGCCAGGCCCUUGUACAACCCAAAAAACCACCAGCACCCAGGAAGUCCUUGCCUUCAGAGCCCCCGUCACAUCCCACCCACCCUGGGUACAUUGCAUCUGGUGCCCCCCUGCAACAUGGAGCGUGUAUAACUUCAGUUCCACCUGUUGGCCCUCCUGUUGCAGCUGUCCCUUCCAGACGUGCCCCUUUACCUCCAGUACGGACGUCACAACCCAGGAAACCCAACUCGACACCACCGGUUUAACUGCCAAAGAUCCACAAAACCACUAAGAUUCUGAGAUUCUCUUAAACCGGACCUGAACGCAUGAAUUGCACUGAUUCAGCCAAGAGUUUUAUUAUGGAGAACCUUACAGGAAGGCUCAGAACCCAGAAGUCUCCAAAUGAAGGCUGCUUUUAACUCUCCCUGCCCCCCCUAAACUAUUUCCUGUUGUCUUCUUCCUGAGAGACUGACAGGUGCCUUACCUGUGUUGGGUCAGACUCGGGCUCCGAGCAAAGCAGAGAAGGUCUGGAAUGUUCAGUUGGGUUGAUCCGUUAGCCAUUAAGAAACUGGAUGGAUGUAGUUAAGUAUCCGUCAAAGAUGUAACACUUCAUGAAAACUGUGUGGCUUUUGACAUGAACUGACAAUUACAAAAAUGGAUGUCUACACAGAGGCUAAGCUCAAUUGAGAUUAAAGGCCCAGUACUGGUUUUAUGGCAUUGGCACAUUUGAAUGUGCCCUGUGAUGCUUCAGAACAACGUAUUACUCUUCUACUUAUAGGUUGAAGCCCAAGUCAUCCUCCCAAUCUGACUGUGGCCACCACUUUUGCACCAUUUUGCAGUAUUUUAUUUUAAGUGGCUUGGCUAAUGCAGGCCUCAGGAAACCAGUCCUGACCACCCCCUGCUCUCUUUCUGGAAUAAAGAAGCAUGUCAACA